ACAUUCUAAUUUAUUGGAAAGGGUCUGUAUAUAUAUAUAUAUAUAUAAUACAAUGUAUAUUGUGUGAUAAUUGAUGAACAAAAUAAAAACAAUACAGUAUUUAGGAAAAUGUUUUUCGCAUUUUGCUCAUGAUAUAAACUAUAAUAUACAACAUAUAUAAAUAUAACAAAAAAUAUAAAAAUAUAUAUUUUCUAUUAUUCAGUCAUGUUAAAUAAUAGACAGGAUAAUGAAGAAUUCUUCCAAUCAUAAUAUAUAUAUUUUAUUACAUUUAUUUUAGUUUAUUUUUUGGAAAAAUACAUUGGUAUAUAAUAAAACAUUCUGUUACAGUAAUAAAAUUAUAACUGAAUAAUUUGAGUAAUAUUUAAAAAUAAUCUUUAUGUAGUUUAUGUUGAUUAAGGUAGUGGCCUUUGGAGUGAAAUAUAUAUUUAAGAUUGUGUGGUCACAUUUCAAUAACAUAACUUUUAUUAAGUCGUCUGUGUAGAGAGUUUUGUCGUGCAUGUUCACCAGAUAGUUGGACUCUCCGCUUUGGCAUCUCUGUGUGGAGUUUGCAUGUUGUCCCCGUGAGUGCAUGGGUUUUCUCAGGGUACUCCAGUUUCCUCCCACAUUCCAAAAACAUGCAUGUUAGGUUAAUUUCCAACUCUAAAUUGUCCAUAGGUAUGAAUGUGAGCGUGAAUGGUUGUUUGUCUAUAUGUGCCCUGCGAUUGGCUGGCAACCAGUCGGUGUACCCCGCCUCUCGCCGGAAGUCGGCUGGAAUAGGCUCCAGCAUACCCCUGCGACUCUAAUGAGAAAAAAAGCGAUAUAGAAAAUGGAUGGAUGGAUGUUCACUACAUUAAAAAAUUUUCAGGUUAAUGUGUUUUAACCUUUAAUGUGAGCUAAACAUUGACUUGUUACGUCAUCAAUCUGGGUGAAAAGUCAUGCAAGGGAUCACGUGACUGUCGACUGUUGACCGUCCUCAAGUAGUGGACUACUUCCGGUCUGUAAGUACGUUAGCUCGCUAGCUAUCCUGCCGGCUCCUUCUUGUCGCUAUGGCCUUCUUUACUCACCAAGUGUGCAGAAGUUUCUCCUCCUCAGCUCUCAGGAGUGUCGCCAUCAAGCAUGUUGUCAUCAUCGGAGGAGGACAAAUGGGCGCCGGAAUCGCUCAGGUCGCCGCAACCACAGGCCACCAAGUGACGCUGGUGGAUACGUCUGACACCAUCUUGAAGAAGUCAGUCAAGGGCGUGGAGGCCAGCUUGAAGAGAGUGGUGAAGAAGAAGUACGCUGAUAAGCCAGAGGCCGGUGAGGCUUUCAUCCAGAAGGCCCUCCAGAACAUCUCCACCUCCACAGACACCGCCUCCGCAGUCCAGAGCACGGAUCUGGUGCUGGAGGCCAUCGUGGAAAAUCUUCAAAUCAAACAGGAUCUUUUCACGGGGCUCGACAAGGUGGCUCCGGAACACACCAUCUUUGCCAGCAACACGUCCUCGCUGCCCAUCACAGACAUCGCUAGCGCCACCACCAGGCUGGACCGUUUUGGCGGCCUGCACUUCUUCAACCCCGUCCCCAUGAUGAAGCUUGUUGAGGUCAUCGGAACGUCGGCGACGAGCCAGGAGACGUUUGACUCCCUCCUGAACUUCGGCAAAGCGCUGGGCAAGACCACCGUGUCCUGCAAGGAUACACCAGGAUUCAUCGUCAACCGCCUCCUCAUCCCCUACAUGAUGGAAGCCAUCCGUCUGCACGAGAGAGGUCACGGCUCCAAAGAAGACAUCGACAUCGCCAUGAAGCUGGGUGCUGGUUAUCCAAUGGGACCCUUUGAGUUGAUGGACUACGUUGGAUUGGACACAGUCAAGUUCAUCAUGGAUGGCUGGAGCAAAAUGGACCCCAACAACCCAAUCUUUGCCCAAAGCGAGUUGCUCAACAAAUUGGCCGCUGAGGGCAAAUUUGGUAAAAAGACAGGAGAAGGAUUCUACAAGUCCAAGUGACUUCACCCCUUUUUUUUUACUAUUUAUUUUUUUUUGGGGACACCACACAGAAUGAUAAAAGGACUCCUCUAAUAUUUCUCUAACAAUAACAACAUGAUGUGCCUUGUGCUUCAAUGAGCAGAUGAUUAAAUGAAGGCUUGACAUAGCUGAUCACUGAAAGUAGUGUUGAAAUGAGCUCAACUUGUCAUUAAAAAGAAAUGGGAUUUGCUCUAAUAAAAAGACUGAAAGAGUAAAAAAAUACCUUAAUGCUAAUAUUUGCAGUAUAUCUCUACAUGUUUUUAAUGUGGAAAAAAUAUUUUGAGUGCAAAUUUCAUUUAACAUACACCAUCAUAGUUUUACUAUAAUUUUUAAAAGGUUUUUUUCUGGGUGGAAAAACUAAAUAUUUGUGUAGAAAUUGAUUUGAACAAACACUUCAGUCCUUGUAGUAAUAUAUUUUAUUUUUAGUUUGUUUAUGGAAGAAAUUGUAUCAAUAUAGUUAUAAAUUUUGAGUACAAAUGGAUUUGAACAUAUAACUUCUAGUAUUUUUAUUUGUCGUAAAAAAAAGUUACAGUAUGUAGGUAAAAUGUGUUUCAAUAAACACCAUUGUUUUUAAUAUACUUUUUUUAUUUAUUUAUUAUGAGAAAAAAAUAUUUCAAAUUAUGUUUUGAACAUCCAUCCAUUUUCUAUACCGCUUCUGCUCAUUAGGGUUGCGGAGCCUAUCCCAGUAGACUUCGGGCGUCAGGCGGGGUACACCCUGGACUGGUCGCCAGCCAAUGGCAGGGCACAUAUAGACAAACAACCAUUCACACUCAUUCAUACCUAUGGACAAUUUAGAGUCACCAAUUAACCUAACAUGCAUGUUUUUGGAAUGUGGUCUCGAACCCAGGUCUUCCCGAUAUCCAGACUGUGAGGCCAACAUGCUAACCACUAGACCACCGUGCGGCCACUGAUUUGAACAUUUAAUAAACCCCUACUACUCGCUACAGUUGAGUAACACAUUUGACCGCAUGAAAAAAAUCGCUGGACAACCCGCCGUUCCAAGAGCGAACACACGAUGGCGCUGCUGUUAAAGUGAAUGUAAUUGAUUUUAAAGCGUGCACAUUUUUGCAACUUUUUAACUUUGACGUUGAGUAUAAUUAAUGCAAAUAUGUAUGUUCUAAGUAUGAAUCUUCUUUUCAUGCAUUCUCAAAGCAGGCAUUAACAUCACUACACAUGAACCAAAUGAGCAAAUGGUGCCUUUUUAUUUUUUUUUCUUAAAAAAAACAAACAAAAACAUGUGAAACAGUUCAAAUAUGACCACCUGGGAAGCAAAGUGCUACUCCCAAGACGACAGUGACCUGAAAUUAUAUCAACACAAAGAGAAAUUUAUCAUCAUCAUCAUCAUGGAGGAAUAGUAAAAUAGAGAAUCAAAAUAUUAGAGAUGCUUGCAUGGGGAGAAAGGGGUUUAGAAAAACAAAGAGCACACUAUUUGCUACCAGAAGAAGAAAUAAAGACAAAAAGGUCCAUUGCAAUAAAAGACAGACUGCCAAGUGCUGGGGUAAAUAUAUAUAUCUGCUUCAUUUGUCUUUUUGUUUUUGUCCAACAAUAAAAUAUAGGCCUUACUCUCACCUGCAUGUUGUCGUAAUGUUGCCUGCAAAAAUACCAAGAAAAUGGACAAUAUCCUGAAAAACACGCGCACACACUGAGCGUUAUUUUACAUCUGACCUUGUCCUUACAAAGAGUUAUAAAAAAAAAAAGGUUCCAUUUUCUGCAAGAUGCUUCAACAAGAAAAAAAAAAUGGCUUUCCUGUGUCCAAAGCUUAUCAUAUCGCACUAUAUAUUUAUUAAAAAAACAAACAAACACAGCCAUUACAAACAAAGGGCUCAAAAAGUCAA